AUGGUCGUCGAUACAUCAUACUACGAUGCUUUAGGCGUCAAACCCGAUGCCUCUGAAUUAGAAAUCAAAAAGGCCUACAGGAAACUUGCCAUCACCACCCAUCCUGACAAAAAUCCGGGGGAUGAGACCGCCCAUGCUAGGUUUCAAGCCGUUGGUGAGGCGUACCAAGUCUUGUCCAACAAAGAUACCAGAGCUGCCUACGACAAAUAUGGCAAAGAAAAAGCAAUGCCCAGCCAGGGCUUCGAGGAUCCCGCAGAGUUUUUCAGCAUGAUAUUCGGCGGUGAUGCCUUUGUCGACCUGAUUGGAGAACUGACACUGCUGAAAGACCUCACCCAUACCAUGGACAUUACCAUGGAACAGAUGGAGGAAGAAGAACUUGCCAAAAAUGCGGAAGAAAAAUUAAAUGUUCACGACGCAAAAGACAAGGAAGCCGCCACCACCGCUGCUGCUGGUAUGAGCGCGAAGGAGAAAGAGGCCGCUGAACGUUCUCCUUCAGGAAGCACAAGUCCACCGCCUCCCCCUCCAUAUGUCUCAGGGGAAGAAGGAUCUACCUCGGCUGCACAGUCAUCAGGGACCAGCACGCCGCGAAGAAGAUAUCUCGGCCAGCAAACUAUUACGGAUCGAUCUGAGGAAGAUGCCCGUAUGGAUGCGGCAGGACUGAGCCAGGAGGAGAAAGACUUGCAAAAGAAGAAAAAAAAGGGGGGGUUGACCAAAGAGCAACGUGAGAAGUUGGAAGCGUAUGAACGUGAACGACGAAAACAACGAGAAGAACGAGUUGAGACCUUGUCUAAGAAACUGAUCGAUCGCAUAAGUAUCUGGACAGAGACAGACAAGGGCCCUGAAGUGACGCAUGCUUUCCAGGAGAAGACAAGAUUGGAGGUUGAAAAUCUCAAGAUGGAGUCAUUCGGGAUCGAGAUUCUCCACGCCGUUGGCCAGACCUACCUGCAAAAGGCCACCUCGUUCCUUAAAUCCCAGAAAUUCCUAGGCAUAUCAGGCUUCUUCUCCCGUCUGAAGGAUAAGGGUACUCUGGCCAAAGAAACGUGGAACACCAUUUCCACGGCAAUCGACGCCCAGCUUACCAUGGAGGAAAUGGCCAAACUAGAAGAAAAAGGCGGUGCUGAUUGGACGGACGAGAAAAAGGCAGAGUAUGAGCGAAAGGUUACAGGCAAGAUUCUGGCCGCUGCCUGGAGAGGCUCUAAAUUUGAGAUUCAAAGCGUGCUGCGCGAAGUCUGCGAUAGAAUCCUGAAUGAUAAGGCCGUCAGAUUGGAAAAGCGGGUGGAGCGCGCCCAUGCUCUCGUUCUGUGCGGUACCAUCUAUCAAAAGGCAGAACGUGAUCCUGACGAAGAAGGUGACUUUAUGGCCUUUGAGCAGCUUAUGGCCGAAUCCAUGAAGAAGCAAGAGAAGAAAAAGGAAAAGGAGAGAGACCAACCGCAGCAAUACAAGCACCAUUUCAGCCAUAGGGAUGCUUCGCCAGCAACGUGA